GAUGCCAUUGUACCCUACAUUUGAGCACGCGAAAGUAGAAGGCCUUCUUGAAUCCCAACAUGAAGCUAUUGUCGGAAUGCAAAGGACUGAUCCUGAGGCUUAUGUUACUAUUGCUCGCUAUAUGGGCUUGGAUUUAAGUAAUUAUCAUUACAACGAUGCUGGUGAGUUGGUUCCGGGACCUGUAUCUCCCCCUCCCAGCACCGCCCACUAUCCCGCCGCUCCUCCACCUUCCUCUUCCUCCACACCACAACCGCAGCAACAGCAGCAAGUAGCCAUAUGUGCACCCCAUGGGUCGCGCGCUUUAAUACAGGCAAAAGGGGGGCCUGGUGAAAUCAGACACGGAGUUCGUCGGGUUCUUUUGUGCAAAGAUCCCAGCGGAAAGGUCGGUGUCCAGCUGGUCUCCGUGGACAAUGGAAUCUUCGUUUCUUUCGUCAAAGCAGGCUCACCAGCUGCACUUGGGGGUAUACGUUUUGGUGACCAGGUUCUUUCCAUCUGUGACCAAGUGGUUGCUGGUUUCUCCGGUGACAAAGCGAUGAACUUGAUACGGAAAGGUCCUGCGAACAAUUUGGAGAUUAUGGUCCGUGACCGCCCUUUCGAAAGAACCAUUGUGGUGAACAAAAGCAGCUCUGGAGAGAUCGGCAUCUCCAUUGAUAGUGGCUUGAUCAAGGCGAUUCACAAGGAUUCCAGCGCCGCUCGCAACGGGGUGCUGGUCGGUCACCAAAUUGUGGAAGUGAAUGGUCAGAAUGUGCUCGGUUUGAAAGAUAAACAAUUAAAAGAAUUGCUCCAUCGAACUCCGGAUUCCAUUCGUUUGACAAUCAUACCGCAGCCGAUUUACAAACACAUGGUGAAACAUUUGUGGAAGGAUAAAAUACGCUCCGAAAUGGAUCGUUCUCUGCCCGAAGCUUGAGUCAGCGAGGCAU